AAGAAGGGGGGGCGUCCUCUCCGCUGACAGUCCGCCAUGCUCACCCUGCUGCGCCACUUUGGUCGCAACUUACCGACGCUCAGGCCCAUUCAGACAGUACAUACAAGUUACUACGCCACACAGAUGGGUAAGCGCGUGGCUGUGGUGUUGGCGGGCUGCGGGGUUUAUGACGGCAGUGAGAUCCACGAGGCCUCCGCUGUUUUGGUCCACCUGAGCAGAGGAGGUGCGAGUGUCAACAUGUUUGCCCCCAACAUUGACCAGAUGCACGUUGUGAACCACCUGAAGGGCGAGCCGUCCGAGGAGAAGAGGAACGUGUUGGUGGAGAGCGCAAGACUGGCCCGUGGAAACAUCCAGGACCUGGCUAAACUCAGUGUUAAAGACCAUGACGCCGUUAUAUUCCCAGGUGGUUUUGGGGCAGCGAAGAACCUCUGUACGUGGGCCGUGCAGGGGAAGGACUGCUCUGUGAAUGACGAGGUUAAGGCGGCGCUGCAGGCGUUCCACGGCGAGGGGAAGCCCAUCGGCCUCUGCUGCAUCUCACCUGUCCUGGCUGCCAAGGUGUUUCCCGGCUGCGAGGUCACCGUCGGCAUCGAGAAGGAUGACAAGUAUCCCGACACUGCCGACACCGCGGCGGCCAUCAACCAGUUGGGCUGCAAGCACGUGAGUAAGAGCGUCCGCGAGACCCACGUGGACGAGAAGAACAAGCUGGUCACCACCUCUGCGUUCAUGUGCAAUGCUCCGAUACACGAGGUAUUCGAUGGCAUCGGGGCGAUGGUGCAGGACGUGCUGAAACUCGCUUGAUUGUAACAAAACUCGCGUGGAGAAGAUAAUUAGGGGGGGGGUAGAACGAUCUUAACCCCUUGAUCAAAAGCACUUCCAGAAACAUGUUUGUAGUCGUGAUGUGCACCACAUGGUCUGAUUUAUUUAGCAAAAAUCUCUGUGAGUCAAUCUUACUGGAUUAUAUUCUGAUGCAGUGGAUCGGUAUCGUGUUGGCAAUGCUAGCAGCUAUGGUAUUGUACAAAAACAAAAAAAUGCAAUAAAAUUUUAAAGUUCA